ACUGUGACUGUUCCCAUCCUGGGUCCCGCCUGGGGUCUCGCCGCUUCGAUCAGUGGCACGUGGAGGGGGAAAGGUGGUGCAGAGUGGGUGUGUGGGUGAGAUGGGUGCCUGGUAGGACACGUGGGGCAGGUUUGCUGGUGUAUGAGGUGGGCUGGUGGCACCCAAACAGGGAAGGAAUGCCGGGGUGAAGCCCAGGCGAGGAGCACAGGCUGCAGGGUCUGUGAGUGCAGGGUGCUCCAUCUCAGCCAGGAGAGGAGAGAUGCCAGUGAGCUCUUGUGCUGGAGCCAUGCUUGGCACCAGUGGUGGGGAGGGAUGUGGCUCUGCCAUGCUUAUCUUGGCACCCAUAACCUGCUGCUGAUGCCCUCCUGCAGCAUGGGGCAGGGACUCUGUGCUGCUGCCCAGGAUGGCUGUGGGCAUCACCUGGGCAGGGCAGGGGCAGGGCUGGCCCCUGAGUGCUGGCACAGGCUGUGCAGGCACAGGCAGACACAGUCUGUGUGUCUGCACAUGCUCUACUUGUGCUGCCCACGUUUGCCUGCUCCCAGAGCCACCUGCCUGGGUGGUGGCAGAGCCAGUGAGCACCCAUGGGUGGGAGGGUCAGCCAGGGAUCCUGGGGGCUCCUUCUGCUCUGCAGCUCUUUGACUCUUCCCAGAGCAAGUCUGCUGUUAAUUCCCUCCAUCUCUCCACAGUAUCAGCAGUCACCUCCAGGCUGGGCCAUUGGCAGGCAGGCAGCAGCGGGCAGCUGGGAGGCUGUGAGGAGCCAGUGGCACAUCCCCCUGCAUCCCUGCUCCCGACUCUCGCAGCAGAAGGUGUGGCUGACUCCUGGCUGUCCUGGUCCGUGUGUUCCCGGUGGGCAAGUCGGAGGCUUGGUGUGAUGGGGAUGCCCUGAGCCCUCGCCCCAGGAGCUUCAGGCCUGGAUGUUGGUGCUGUUUCUCCCGGACAAUGUGGCUGAUACUCUGGAGAAGCCCUCUCUUCCCCCCUGUUCUCCAAGUGCCUGAGCUGGUGGCCAGCUGGGACCUGCGUCUCACCCUCUGGGUCCUGAGCCUCGCCUCGAUGGUUGUGCAGAUGGAGGGCCAGGUCUACUCGCCAACUGUCAACACACACUAUGGGAAGUUACGAGGGGUGCGUGUGCCAUUGCCCAGUGAGAUUCUGGGGCCCGUGGACCAGUACCUGGGGGUUCCUUACGCCGCCCCCCCCGUCGGGGAGAAGAGAUUCAUGCCCCCCGAGCCGCCACCGUCCUGGUCGGGCAUCAGGAACGCUACCCACUUCUCACCAGUCUGCCCCCAGAACAUCCACAACGCUGUUCCUGAGAUCAUGCUGCCCAUCUGGUUUACCUCCAAUUUGGAUAUCGUGGCCACGUACAUCCAGGACCCCAACGAGGACUGUCUGUACCUCAACAUCUACAUCCCCACGGAGGAUGGAGCCAGCGCUAAGAAACAGGGCGAGGACUUAGCGGAUAAUGACGGUGAUGAAGACGAAGACAUCCGGGACAGCGGGGCCAAGCCGGUGAUGGUGUACAUCCACGGUGGCUCGUACAUGGAGGGCACGGGGAACAUGAUAGACGGCAGCAUCCUGGCCAGCUACGGCAACGUGAUUGUCAUCACCCUGAACUACCGCGUUGGAGUGCUCGGGUUCCUGAGCACAGGGGACCAGGCUGCCAAGGGCAAUUAUGGGCUGCUGGACCAGAUACAGGCGCUGCGCUGGGUCAGCGAGAACAUCGCCUUCUUUGGGGGAGAUCCCUUGCGGAUCACGGUCUUCGGCUCCGGCAUCGGUGCCUCCUGUGUCAGCCUGCUCACCCUCUCCCACCACUCGGAAGGUCUCUUCCAGAGGGCCAUCAUCCAGAGCGGCUCCGCGCUCUCCAGCUGGGCGGUGAACUACCAGCCCGUGAAGUACACCAGCAUGCUGGCCGACAAGGUGGGCUGCAACGUGCUGGACACGGUGGACAUGGUGGACUGUCUGCGGCAGAAGAGUGCCAAGGAGCUGGUAGAGCAAGACAUCCAGCCGGCUCGCUACCACGUGGCCUUCGGGCCGGUCAUUGAUGGGGAUGUGAUCCCGGAUGACCCAGAGAUCCUGAUGGAGCAGGGCGAGUUCCUCAACUAUGAUAUCAUGCUGGGGGUCAACCAGGGUGAGGGGCUGAAGUUCGUGGAGGGUGUGGUGGACCCUGAGGAUGGCGUCUCGGGCAGUGACUUUGACUACUCGGUCUCCAACUUUGUGGACAACCUGUACGGAUACCCCGAGGGCAAGGACACCUUGAGGGAGACCAUCAAGUUCAUGUACACAGACUGGGCCGACCGGGACAACCCUGAGACACGUCGCAAGACGCUGGUGGCCCUCUUCACUGACCACCAGUGGGUAGAGCCAUCAGUGGUGACAGCUGACCUGCACGCCCGCUACGGUUCCCCCACCUACUUCUACGCCUUCUACCACCACUGCCAGAGCCUGAUGAAACCUGCGUGGUCCGACGCAGCCCACGGGGAUGAGGUGCCUUACGUGUUUGGGAUCCCCAUGAUUGGCCCCACAGACCUCUUUCCCUGCAACUUCUCCAAGAACGACGUCAUGCUCAGCGCCGUGGUGAUGACCUACUGGACCAACUUUGCCAAGACAGGGGACCCCAACAAGCCCGUCCCCCAGGACACCAAGUUCAUCCACACCAAGGCCAACCGGUUUGAGGAGGUGGCCUGGUCCAAGUACAACCCCCGCGACCAGCUGUACCUGCACAUCGGGCUGAAGCCACGGGUGCGCGACCACUACCGGGCCACCAAGGUGGCUUUCUGGAAGCACCUGGUUCCCCACCUGUACAACCUGCACGACAUGUUCCACUACACCUCCACCACCACCAAAGUGCCGCCACCCGACACCACGCAGAACUCCCACAUCACCCGCCGGCCCAACAGCAAGAUCUGGACCACCAAGCGCCCCGCCAUCUCCCCCGCCUACAACAGCGAGAACGGGAAGGAGAAGUGGAGCCCAGAGCAAGAGGCGGGCACCCUGCUCGAGAGCCCCCGCGACUACUCCACCGAACUGAGCGUCACCAUCGCCGUGGGCGCCUCCCUCCUCUUCCUCAACGUGCUGGCCUUCGCCGCCCUCUACUACCGCAAGGACAAGCGCCGGCAGGACACGCACCGGCAGCCCAGCCCCCAGCGUGGCGCCGCCAACGACAUCGCCCACGCGCCUGAUGAGGAGAUGCCCUCCUUGCAGGUGAGCCAGGGGCACCACGAGUGCGAAGCCGUGCCGUCCCACGACACCCUGCGCCUGGCCGCUCUGCCCGACUACACCCUCACCUUGCGCCGCUCGCCGGACGACAUCCCGCUCAUGACCCCCAACACCAUCACCAUGAUCCCCAACUCGCUGGUGGGGCUGCAGACCCUGCACCCCUACAACACCUUCACCGCCGGCUUCAACAGCACGGGGCUCCCGCACUCACACUCCACCACCAGGGUAUAGCUGCCCGCCGCCGGCGCACACGCAUGCACGCACGCACACACACGCAGCAGACACUGGCAGAGGGAGCGGCAGGGCCCACGGAGCCCCCGGCGGAGGGGCAGCACCCACGGACGGGGCAGCUCCCAGCCCAGAGACCUGCAGGGUCCCGGUGUGGCCCCGGCGCUUUCUUUUGUUCCUAUCUAACUCUUGAGAAGUGCUUUGACUCUCCCGGCCUCAGGGCCCCGCGGGUUGCCCCGGGACGCCAGUGGGGUGCAGGGGGGACGCGGUGUAAACCCUGCACCCGUGCAGGCGGGCGGGGGUACCCCACUGUCAAUGGCCAUGGGGCUGCCCGUGCUGUGGCUGUGCCUCCCAGCGGGGCGAUCACAUCCCCAGCGCUGAGCCCACUGAGCACCCUGGGACUGACGAGGAGCGGGACUGGGCAUCCCUCUCAGCCAGUGCCCAGGCAUCCCCAGGCAGCUUGGCAGCCCUGGAAAAGGCUCCUUCACUGUGCUGAGAAGUGGCCCUGGGCCAUGGUGCUAUAGGCAGAGGGAACGGGCGGGGUCCGGGGACCUGGCCACGUGCUGGUUGCGGGCGCUGGGGCCGGUGCCGGGGCUCGGGGACCCUGGGAGUGGGGCCCUGGGCUGGAGACUUGGCACCUCUGCCCCUCUUUGCGCUGCAGAGAAUCUCUUUUGUGUCAGUCAUUUCUCUUUGCAGAGACGUUUUUUAAAGCAGAUCUUUAGUUCUUUACACACUAACGGAGUCGCCGCGUUUUGUCCUUUGUAAAGAUUUUAAAACCAAGUGUUCUUGAUAUAAAAUAAAAAGCCAGUUAGAAGCCAGCGUGUGCGCACGGUGCCGGCCCCCCACGGCGCCCGCCUGCCGUGGGUGGGCACCAGGCAGGGCAGUGCCUCCUGCGCUGUGGGGCCGCGCUCUUUUGUAUUUUUUGAUAUUCUCCCUCCUCUGUCACCCGUGCCCACCUAUCUCAGCCAAAUAGCCUAUCCAACGGCCUGCCUGCGAGCACCCCCGCCCCGGUCCCUCCACUGCCACCACCGGCCAAGUGCCACCCGCCGCCCCGCGUGGGCAUCACCUGCUCUGAGCAACGUCUGUUCGCCCCCACGAACCCAGGAGCACCCCCCCAGGCACCCCACCCUGCCCUGCUCCCCCAGGAGCAUCCCACCUCCCUUCGCCACCGCCCCAGGGCCGUGCUGUGCCCUCCCUGCCCGUGCCGCUGCCCAAAAGCAGCGGUUUGCAGCCUGUGUCAGGGGUGGGGUGACAGGAGCAGAGUGAGCUGCUUUCCAACCUCGACUCUGCCUCCCAUGUUACUUCCACUGGGGCCUUUACCCCACUGUGGGGUGACCCCAGCUCUGGCAUCCAGGACGUGCAGCUGGGAUAGACGCCUGGGCAGGGACUCUGGGGGUGAUGCAGCCUGCGUGGUGCUGGAAGCACCUGUGCCAGGGCUGGAGCACCCGCUGGGCUGGUGUGGCCACUGAGCCACGUGUGGCUCAAGGCAAGUGGCUUUGGUGCAGCUGGGCAUGGAGAAGAAGCAGCACGGGAUCCCACGUGGGGCACCCCAGUCUCAGCUCCCCAUGAUGAGCACUGGCACCUGGGGCCUGGGGAGGCAGGAGGAAGGGACAGGUCCUUGUGGGGACACCUUACCUCGUCCCUGUGCAAGACGGUCCGGCUGGCAGACGCUGCCCAUGCUGGCGGCCGUGACGCACCGGUGCCGGCUGGCCCUGCUGGCCCUGCUGCCCGGGGCCAGCGCAUCGAUGGCCCUGCUGGCCCUGCUGGCCCUGCUGCCUGGGGUCAGCGCACCCACAGCCCUGCACCCUGCCCUGGCCCCCGCCCCACAUGGGGCUGAGGGUGAGGAUGCUCGUUGGAGAAUGUAUUUAUACCCUGUCACCCGCGCAGAGUAACAAAUUCCAAAUAAAACAGAAGUGAUAUUUUUAA